UAAUUUUCAUUUAUUAUAAAGUAAAUAACAGUAUUACACAUAUAACUAAAAUUAUUGUAAUCAACACACAUUUAUAAGUAUAGAAUCGUUAAAAAGAUAUUUUAAAAAAAGCCAAGAAAUACUAAUAUGGAAAUUUUAAAUAAAGCAUCCAGAGAAAAGCCAAAAAAUUUAUGGAAAUAUGUCGAUUCUGAUAAAUAUCAUAAACAUGUUACAAUUUCUUCUAUUGAUUCAGUUAUCAAAUCAGAAGAAAUUGAUGAUAAAAUAAUCUAUAUGGACGAAAUAGAAAAAAGAAAAGAAGUAUAUGGUAUAUGUGGAGAAUGUAAUGAACCUGGCACAGGAGAAUAUUGGUGUCAACCUUGUAAUGCAAAAAGAUUUGAAGAAAAUUUUAAAAAUUGGACUAGUGGAAAUAAAGAAAUUGAUGAAUUAAUACAACAUUCACAACUUAAUGCUGUAUAUUGUAUAAAUUGUCUUGAAUGGAUACCUUUUGAGAAAUUUCAAAAUGUCACUUAUAUUACCAGAGGAGGCUUUGGUAAAAUUUAUUCAGCCGAAUGGCCUGAAGGAUUUAUUGAUCAAAUCUCAUUUUCAGAUUUAUAUUUGGGGGUUGUUUUCUGCUAUGGAAUAACUCAAGAUCCAAAUACCAAAGAUUAUAUGAUGGUUUUACGUUAUUGUGAAAAUGGAAAUUUAAGAAAUUACUACUUAAAUAAUUCCUGUAAUGUAAAACUUUAUGAUUUAUUAAGAAUUGCAAAUGGGCUGUUAAGUAUUCAUAAUGCUGAAAAAGUCCAUAAAGACUUUCAUUCAGGUAAUAUAUUAGAAGGUGGGGCUAUGUAUAUAAGUGAUUUAGGAAUGUGUCAACCAGCAAAUAAUAAAGAGAAAUCAGAUAAAAAAGAAGGAGUUUAUGGAGUAUUACCUUAUAUGGCACCAGAAGUUUUACGUGGAUAUCAAUAUACAAAAGCAGCAGAUAUUUAUUCAUUUGGAAUAAUUAUGAAUGAGUUUCUUUCUGAAGAAAUCCCUUUUAAUGAUAUUCCUCAUGAUCAUAUUUUAGCUGUUAAAAUAUGUAAAGGAUUUAGACCAAAAAUUUCUGAACAUAUUCCAAAAUUUCUUGUAGAUUUAAUUAUGAAAUGUUGGGAUGCUAAAGCAGAAAAUAGACCAAUUGCUAAAGAAUUGUAUCAAACAUUAAAGAAAUUGGACGAAUCAUAUGAUUAUUAUUCUCAAAUGUGGGAAUAUGAGGGUAAAAUUGAAGAAAAAAAAUUUAAAAAUAGUUCUAAUGGAAAUAAUUCUAUAAGUAUUAAAACUCAUCCUCAAGCAAUCUAUACCAGUAGACUUUUAAGUUUUAAAAAUCUUCCAGAACCAGUAAAUUCAUCAGAUUUAACAUCUUUCCAAGUUAAUUCAGUAUCAGCAAAUCUAAUUUCAGAAUGUUUUGAUUGUAAAAUUUAGAGAAUCAGAUCUCACUGAAAUUAACCAAGAAGAAAAUGAUUUGAAUGAUGAGCCUUAAAUAACAAAUUUGUUUUAUAUAUCAGAAUAUUCAGAAUAAUAUUUAAAAAUUUUUAUUUAACUUGGUUUAUAUUUAGUAUUAUAUCAUGGUGGAAACUUUUAUGGAAGAAUCAAAUAAGCAAAAAAAAAAUAUCUUGUUAAAAAAGAGACGCACAAUUUUGAUUACAAAUGCUAGAAAGCGGAAUGCUUGGAAAAUGUCAUUCUGAUAUCACAAUAAAAAAUUAUGAUAGAAAAAUCUUAGGUUAGCUUGUCUAUUAAACAUUAAGAAAGUUGCAAACAAACAAAUAAUUAUUC